CGGGAGCUGCGCAGGGCUGGACUGGGCGCGCCCGCGCGCGGCCCCGGGCGGCGGUGACCGAGGGUGGCGGAGCCUCCGGGUCUGGGGGCGGCGGGGUCGCCGUCGGAGGGGGCGGGCUCCAGCCGCGCGGCCUCGGAGCCACUGCGCGGCGCGGCCCCCUCCCGCGGCCCGAGUAAGGCAAGAGAAUGAAAGAAGUAGAUAAUAUUGAAAGUAUAAAAGAAGAAUGGGUUUGUGAUGCAGGAGCCAACAACCAGCCUCUGAGUGUGAGUCAACAAACAAACUGUGACUAUCUUGUUGACAACCUUUUUGAGGAAGCUCAAAAGGUCGGUGCCAAAUGCCUGUCUCCCAGUGAACAGAAGAAACAGGUAGAUGUAAACAUAAAGUUAUGGAAAAAUGGGUUCACAGUCAAUGAUGACUUCCGAAGUUAUUCGGAUGGUGCAAGUCAGCAGUUUCUGAAUGCCAUCAAGAAAGGGGAGUUGCCUCUGGAACUGGAGGGGCUUUUUGAUAAAGAGGAGGUGGAUGUGAAGGUAGAAGACAAGAAGGAUGAAGUCUGCACGUCCACCAAGCCCGUGUUCCAGCCCUUCUCCGGACAGGGCCACAGACUGGGCAGUGCCACACCAAAAAUUGUUUCGAAAACAAAGAGUAUUGAAGUUGAGAACAGAAAUAAUUUGUCUCCUGUCCCACUGAACCCCCAAGAGCCUGUCACUAACAUACAGAUCUGGUUGGCCAAUGGGAAAAGGAUUGUCCAGAAAUUCAACGUUUCUCAUAGGGUUAGCCACAUCAAAGAUUUCAUCCGAAAACACCAAGGACUUCAAGGAAAUACCCCCUUCCUCCUGGUCACCGCCCUCCCCGUCCUCAGACUGCUGGAUGACACCCUCACGCUGGCAGAGGCUGACUUACAGAAUGCCGUGGUCAUUCAGAGGCUGCAGAGCACCAGCGACCCUUUCCAGCGACUCUCAUAGCCCUGGGUGUCCAUGCACGAGGAGCAGGUGCAGAGACAGGAUGGCCGUGAGCAGGCCGGGGGCUGGUCUGCUACCCCAGGCCCUCCCGAUGUGUUGGAGUGUACUUCUCCCAGAGAAGUACCGUUAGGGAAGGAGAGAGGGCCAGAAGCUAGCCAGUGCACUUUUCAGGAUGCUCCACAGAAAGAAAAGAUAUUUAUUUUCAAAAACCAUCUUCAUCCUAUUUGAAUUUGGCAAAUGUGUUCAUAAGGUCAUUCAUUCAAGCCCCUUUCCCAAACAGUGGUGAUUUAUUUAAAUGCCAAGCUAUCUCAGAUUUCAAAAAUGGCAUGCUAAAAAAAAAAUUACACGUGGCAGGUUAAAGGCAUCACUGUGAUUCUUUUAUAUUGGAGACACAAUCAAAAGGAACUGAUUUCAUCAUAGCGAAGUGUGAACCACAAGGUGUUGUCAACUUGUAUUCUCUAAUGGCAAGAUAUAAUCAGAUUUCAUUUGGCAGAAGUAUCUGAGAAAUAUUUUCAUUGAAGAACAAAUUGUGUAGCUUAGUGUACUGUUUGUAUACUGUUGGUCUUAACCUGCCUACUCAUCUUUCUACAUUUUCAAAAAGUAAACUUUUUUGGUCUUUUGGGGCUCAUCCUGCCAUGCCCAGGGUUACUUCUUAGGAAUUGGGGGUGAUGUGUGGUGUGCAGAGAUCAAAACUGGUUCAUCUGUGUUCAAGGCAAGCACCUCCCCCAAUGUACUAUCUUUCUGGCCUGAUUUUUAAGAAAAUCUUUUCUCUCAAAGACUUCCUAUUUUAUUUUCUUUAAAAUCUUAGGGAUUGGUGUACUGGAGAGAUAGUAUAUCAAGUUACGGUACAUACCUCUUGCACACAGCUAAUCCAAUUCAAAGCUUCGGCUCCACCAAUGGUCCCCAAAUGCUGCCAUGGCACAGAGCCAGGAAACACUCUGAACGCCACUAGGUGUGACUCCUCACCCCCAAACAGAGAGAUGAUCACUUAUCAUUUCUAAAAAUCACAGAAAUUUGUUUUCAGCUAACAUUUUAAGUUAGCCAUUCUUUUGCCACGCUGAGAAUCCAAUGCUUAUAUAGUUAGAUUUCUAAUUAAUAUUUUUAGACUGUGUCACAUAAAAUAGUUUUUGCUUCUAUACAUCAGAGUCAACUUGUGAGAACUUUAUAGGAAUAUUUCUUACUUUCUGAUGUCACCAGGGAAAAUAUACUUUGUAUUUUAGAUUUUUAAUAAAACUGAUUAGAUUUGAUUAUUUCACUGUCAGAUGAAAUCCCUUUACCUGAGGAAUACGUUUACGACAAUUUCUUACAAAUGAUCUAUUGAAUCAGAUUGAAGAGAAGACACGCUGCUAUUGUCUCGCAGCUGGUGGCCAGCCAGCAGGGAUGCUCACUGGGCACUGAAUGUCAGAUAGGAAGAGCGAUGCCCAAAUUUUUGGUCUCAAGACCUUUGGUUUAUGUGGGUCGUUUUAUUACUAUAUUUUAAAAUAAAGUUGUGAAAUGUUUUUUUUAAAGCAAAAGCACAUCUUAUUAGAAGUCACGUCUGUAUGAAAAAGGUAUCUGUUUUCCAAAACAGCAAGGUUCAGUGAGAGCUAUAUCCUGCUGCUCGAUUUCUGGCAAAGCCCCUCCCUUGCAAGGGUGACAGGUGGGCUCAGAGCUGCCGCUCCACCAUCUGCUGCUGCAGUCCGGGCACGGAGCCUCUAGAAGGUGCUACUGUCCAGCCAGGACAGAAUGGAAAAAGCAGGAAUGUCACAGUAGGAUGAUGAGUCCUGAUUUGAUCGUGUGGCUCCCUGCAAGGACUGAUUAUAUGUCAAGCCUUUGCGGAAGAAUCUCGAGGGCCCAGGGAGAUGGCUCAAAGGGCUGGAGCACAAGCUUCGCCUUUGCCGCCCUGAGUUUGAUCCACUGCACUGCAUGGUCCCCUGAGCACUGUGCUGGAAGUAACCCUAGAGUACCUCUGGGCACGGCCUAAAUCCCCCCAAAAAACAAUGAGUUGGGUGGAUUUUUGAAUGCCCCAUUUUGGUGUCAGAGAGAUAGUGUCGCAGGUAAGGCACUUGCCUUGCACACAGCCGAUGUGGGUUCGAUCCCCAGCACCCCGUGUGGUCCCAUGCGCCCGCCUGGCUCUAUCUCCGCCUGUUCUCUCUCCAGUGAUUCUCUACUUUCCCCCCACAGGCUUCUAAACCAAGCCCCCCCCCAGGAGAGACUUGGUGCCUUCCGCGCCAAGCCCCUCCCACCCUCUCAGAGUCUUAGUAGUACAGUCAGGCGGCCGAAGCCCCUGCUCGCUGCCCUGGCUCUGUACUCAGGAGUUACUCCUGGCAGUGCUCGGGGGACCACAUGGGAUGCUGGGGAUCGAACCCGAGCGGCAGCAUGCAAGGCAAGCGCCCCACCCGCUGUGCUAUUGCUCCGAGCCCAGGCCGUAAUAUUUCAUGAGCCUUUUCUCUUUGGAGCUCUGGGGGGGACCUGCCCUGAGGCGUGUCUUCCCUGGAGGGCCACUGUCCCUGUGCUGUUCCCAGCCCCGGCAGGGCAGCCGACUGGGCUGCUUUUCCUUUCAUCCUGUGCCCUCAGGUCAGCUGAAAGUCAGUGUUGUUUCCUGUCCGUGCUGUUUACAGCCUUUCAGAGCCCUCUCCAGAGACACAAAAACAUUGGUGCUCUCUGUGUGGAGGGAGGGCCGGCGAGAGAGUCCAGGGGUAGGCGCGGGCCUUGUUGCCGCCAACUCCAGUUCUCCCGCCCUGCGUGGUCCCCCAAGCAUUCCGGGGUGCAGCCUUAGAGGCCCCCAAGCACUGCCAGGCGGCCCAGGUCUCCCCGACACUGCAGGGCUUGUGCAGCCCCACAUCCUCGGGCCCUUGCCAGUGAACCACAGGCCAAACUGGCCAAGAAUCUCUGGGAGGACCCCCCCUCCCUUUCCCCGUCUCUUUAGCACCACUUGGGACGUCCCCACCCCACAAAAAAAAAACACUCCAAAAAACAAGGAGACAGGAAAAUCAAUAAGCUGCUCUUGGGGAUAGAAUACAGUAUGAUGAUUACUGAUCUGUUUUCAAGAACUUGGAAAAAAAUAUUUCAUGUAGAACAAUCAUGAGGCAUUUUAUGAUUUUCUUUUGCAUACAUCAACUUAUAAUUCUGCAUGUAUUUUUUCUGAAGGAGACUCUUGUUGGAAAUACCUUUCUCGCACGUAUAGCAGAGCAGCUUGUGGGGGGUUUCCAGUUUCUGGUUUAACCAAGAUACACACUUGUUCUGCUCAUGUGAAAACUCACCCCAGUGGGAACUGACAUCAGCAAUACCUUCAAUUUCAUCAUUGUAAAAACAUGCAUUAAGGUGACUCUUGGGGCUUUUUACUUGAAGGUUUCAAAAGGAUCAGUUGUUGGGCUGGAGAAAUAACUUACAGGGCUUGAGAAAUGCUUGCAAGAGAGGCCCGGGUGUGUUUUAUUUUUGGUUUGUUUUUUGUUUUAUUUUUGGCCCAUACCCAGCGGUGCUCUGGGGCUUUUCCUGGCUCUGUGAUCAUGAGUGGUCCCCUAACAGUGCUUGGGGGACUGUAACCAGUGCUCGGGAUCAAGCCAGGGUCGGCAGGAUGCAAAGGGAAGUACGUGAACUCCGAACCUCCCCUUCUGAGCAGGCUCAGGCUUGAUUCUUGGCCCCACGUGGUCCCAGGUUCCUCAGGGAGCAACUCCCCACCCCAGCACAAGAGCCAAAACGGUAGUGAAGUGUAGAAUAUUCCAGACAUCUCGACUUUAGAUAAUGAACGGCACUUAGCAAGGGAUGGCGGAAUUGGAAAGCCUCUAAGGUGUGGAAUAGAAUUUGGUCAAAGUUGUUUCAAAACUCAGUUUCUUAAAACAUCAUCAUUGGAGCUGAUACAUAGAAUUGCAUUUCUAAUUUUACCAGUUCUAGAUUAUGAGUUAAAAUACUAUGCAUUAUCCAGGUCUUGAGUGAUUUUUUGUUUCAUUUAGUUCAGAAUACUUUUGUUCAUAAUACUUUUCAUUAUGUUUCAACAUUAUGUGUUGAAAUACGGUAUGUAUAGAGUAUGGUAUGCAUAUAUUUCAGUGCCUUAAAAAGUAUUUUGGAAGUAAUCUUUUGCUAAUGGAUAAAGAACUGUUCUCUUAAGGAUGAAAUAUUGUUCAUGAAAAGGAUCUGUGAAAUAAUUUACUUUCGGUUAUAAAAUAGUAUUAUAUGUGAAUGCAUUUGUCAUUUAUUUGGCAAGUUCGUUCAGUUUGAGAAUCAAGAAACAUUUAUUGGGUGCCUUUUAACCAAUGUUACUUUAUUUAAAAUAUUCAGAUGUUAUCAUGCAAUUAUUUUAGUAAUAGCUCAGUGGCUGUAUUUAUUUUUAAACCAUCCUUUGUGUCCUUAGUUGAACUAAUCUGAAAGACUUGGUAGGGUUUACUCUUUUGUUCUGUCUAAAUAUAAACCAUUUCAUUAAAAAGUUGCUCAUCGCACUGAAUCUUC